AUGCCAUCUGUAGCAGUGUACAAGAAGUUGAUGGAGGCGUGUCCUGAUGCAAAGGUAAUCCUUACUGUGCGUGACAAGGAAGAAUGGUAUCAGAGUGUAAAGGAUACUCUUUAUCCUCAUUUCAUAAAACCCAACAAUAUUCUAUCUGCAUCAGCGAUAGCCGUCAUCAGGAUGACUCUAUGGGAUGGUUUAUUUGGCGAAUACAAGAGGUUUGAAGAUAGAGAAUAUGCCAUGAGUGUGUAUGAGGCUCAUGUCGAAGCUGUAAAAAAUUAUGUCCCUGCUAAUAAAUUACUUGUAUUCAAUGUAAAGGAAGGAUCGGGUCUUCUCUGUAAUUUCUUGGGUGUUCCUCAACCUCCCCAAGAUACACUGUUUCCUCACUCGAAUGAUAGGGCAAAGUUCUACCAGAAACAUUUGAAAAACUAG